GUUGACGUCGCCGACGUCGUCGCCGUCGCCGUCAUCGGUCGCGCGUUGUCGUCGUUACUCACCUCGGUAUUUGGCACCGGCAUCCCGACACCGUCCGUCGUGGAAUGGCAGCGGCCCUAAAGAAAAAUCACUCACGCAGAAGAUUGGCCGCCCUCACAUUCCUGUCCAACAUCUCUCUCGACGGCAGUCACCGGGACACCAGGUUCGCCGUCCUGUCACGCAGCGGGCCGGUUCACGCGCGCAGGCACAGCGAUGGCCAGUCGUCGUCGUCGGAGCAGCAUCAUCAGCAGCAGCAGCAGCAGGCGGUGCUGGAGGCCGUGUGCCGGAGCGCCGACUUCGAGGCCUCCGUGGAGCUGGAUCCGCCCGUAGACGUCUGCCCCCAGGUGCCGGAGACGUCGCACGACUUGCCGCAGAGUGAGACGACGAUUGAGCAGAACAACUCGCCGCAGCCGGCGCAGAAGAGCGCAACCGAUCACAACUCCUUCAGUUCCGAUUCGGACGGACUGCUCACCCCCGCCAAGGCAGCGGUUACCAUGUUCUUGGAGCAGGAGAGAAGUCACUUGCAGUUUUCUUGCGGCAUGCACAGUUCGUUCAGAGAACGAACGGGGACUACCGGAAGCGAAUAUUCUUUACCAGAGAGACGUGUGGGCUCUCUACAAUAUAAGAAGCGCAUAAGUCAUCAAACAUCUACGCUUUCGGAAGAUAUUAAGCAUCAAUACAAUAGUAGCAACGAAAGCAUUGGCUCCAUACACUCGAAAGCACAAUCGUUAAAACCAAAGACAAAGGCAGUGAACAGUGUGCAAACUGUUUCUACAAAUAGUAGCAUAAUACCGGAGAUUACGAAGGAAUUGCGUUUGAUGCAACGACCUGUGAACGGCUGUAAAUUUGGGGAUGAUAGAAUGGUUUUGGUAUCGAACCAACAUGUGCCAUUUGUAAUAUUUUCUGCUAUUCCAUACAAUAAAGGACAACGUUCCAGUUGGUCAGAAUUACGUAAAGAUACAUGUCGAAGGAAAAAUGUGUCAUCUCAAAGACCAUUAUCAGCAAUUAAUGACAGUAUUGAUCCAUUUAGGUUGCUGGGAAUAGAGCAUGCUAAGGAUGGCCAAGAAAUAUCUUACGGGCAACUACUUGUACCAUCUCGGCAAUUCCUAAAGGAUAAAAAAUUGAAUCUAAUUGAGAACGAACCUAUGGAACUUACGCAUUUUAUACCUAAUAAACAUCAUGUGGUACAAAGGACAAAAACAAUUACUUGGAAUGUGGAUCACAAAAAAUGGUGUCUUUCCUAUGAUACAGCUACAAAUCGUGCUCAUUAUAUAACUUCCGAGUCUCCACCAUUGUCUUUUAGUGGCGAUUCCAAAGUCUAUGAAUGGGAUGAACAAUCUGCCCAAUAUAAUCCAAACUUAUUGGAUGAUCCAGAACUUAUUGCUGGAAAACAUAGAACGUUACUAACCUUUACAUCAUAUAUGGCAUCUGUUAUUGAUUAUGUAAGACCUUCCGAUUUGAAGAAAGAAUUAAAUGAUAAAUUUAAAGUGAAAUUUCCACAUAUUCAACUCACUCUCAGUAAGCUUCGCAGCUUAAAACGAGAAAUGAGAAAAAUAGCUAAAUUAGAAUAUGGUAUUGAUUUACUCACUGUUGCAAUGGCCUACGUAUAUUUUGAGAAACUUAUUCUUCGAAAUAUCGUGACGAAGCAGACACGGAAGUUAUGUGCUGGUGCUUGCUUACUUCUCGCAGCAAAAUUCAACGACGUGAAAGGCGAUAUUCUUAAAUCCCUCAUCGAGAGAAUUGAGGGUGUAUUCCGAUUAAAUCGCAAGGACUUAAUUACGUCUGAGUUUGCCGUGUUGGUAGCUUUAGAAUUUGGUUUGCAUUUGCCAACAUGGGAAAUAUUUCCUCAUUAUCAGCGAUUGAUUUAUGAAUCUUGACAUCCUUUCGUAUCAUUCUUUUCACGCAAUUUCAAAACUUCCUUAUGAGAAAAUCUCGGAGCGGUAAAGCAUAUCUGUAAUAAAUAAUCAUAAUGUCUGAAAGCUGUAUAAAUAAUC